CGGCGGCGCUCCCAGCAGCCCACGGGUGGGUCCGUUAGGUCGCGGGGCCGCAGACUGUUGGCGGCCGCCACGCCCUCGCGUUCGCUGCGCCCCGCCGUGAUGCGCGCUCGGCGCCCCAGCCCUGUAAACUCCGCUUCUCCAGUCCAGUAAUCUCCAGGGACAGCUGGCCAGUUCUUGAAUUUUAAACCAUGGCCCACGGGUCUGUGAUAUUCAGUGAUGUGUCCAUACUCUUCUCCCAGGAAGAAUGGGAAUCUCUAGACUUGGUACAGAGGGACCUGUAUAGAGAUGUAAUGUUGGAGAACUACAGCAACUUGGUUUCACUGGGAGACUUCAUUUCUAAACCAGAUGUGAUUUCCUUGUUGGAGCAAGGGCAAGAGCCUUGGAAAGUUGUGAGGAAAGGAAGAAGGUAUCCGGAUUUGGAGAGCAGGUGUGAGACCAAGACAUUAGCUUCAGAAAAUAUUUAUGAAAUAAACUUACCUCAGUGGAAGAUAAUGGAAAGAAUUAAAAACCAUAGUCUUAAGGGCCUCUUUUUAAGAAGUGAUUGGGAGGCCAAAAGAAAAUCUGAAGAACAAGGGGGAUGUUUUGGUCAAGUAAAAAUGACAUCUCAGAAAGUGUCCUCUUACCAAAAAUGUACAUCUCUUACUACACAUCAGAGAAUUCAGUUCAUUGAGAAACCUUAUGAGUGUAAGGAGUGUGGAAAGGCCUUUAGAGUCCGCCAACAACUUACUUUUCAUCACAGAAUUCAUACGGGGGAGAAACCCUAUGAAUGUAAGGAAUGCGGGAUGGCUUUCAGACAGACUGCACACCUCACUCGACAUCAAAGACUUCAUUCUGGUGAAAAACUCUAUGAAUGUAAGGAAUGUGGAGAAUCUUUCAUGUGUGGCCCAGAUCUUCGAGUGCAUCAGAAAGUUCACAUUAGUGAGAAGCCCUAUGACUGUAAGGAAUGUGGGAAGGCCUUCAGAGUGCGAGGCCAGCUUACCCUCCACCAGAGGAUCCAUACGGGCGAGAAACCCUACUUGUGUACAGAAUGUGGGAAGACCUUUAGACAGUAUGCACACCUUACUCGCCAUCAAAAGCUUAAUAGUGCUGACAAACUCUAUGAAUGCAAAGAAUGUGGAAAGGCCUUUUUGUGUGGAUCUGGCCUCAGAGCACAUCACAAACUUCAUACUGGUGAGAAACCCUAUGAAUGUAAGGAAUGUGGCAAGACCUUUAGAGUGCGACAACAACUAACACUCCACCAGAGAAUUCAUACGGGGGAGAAACCAUAUGAAUGUAAGGAGUGUGGAAAGACCUUCAGUCGUGGGUAUCAUCUUAUUCUUCAUUACAGAAUUCAUACUGUGUUUCUUUAUAGUCCAACUGAGAUGAAUCAUUCUGUGUUUGGCUGUCUUCUUCUGACUCACUUCACUCAGUCCAGUACCUUCAAGUUUCAUUCACAUAGAAGCAAAUUGCAGAUGUCAGCUCUUAUAACUGAGAAACCCCAUCAUGUAUCUACUUUUCUACUUACCUCUUUCUGGUGAUUUUGAUUGUCUCCAAAUAUUGGGUGUUGUGAAUAUGCUGCAAUAAACAUUGGAGUGCAAAUGUCUUUUCAAAUGAAUUUUUGGACUCUUGGGGGUAAGUGGCAAGAAGUGGAAUCAUUGACUCUUAUGGAAGCUCUCCUGCUGUUUUCCACAGAAGUUGAGCCAGAUGGCAUUUGCACCAACAAUGGAUGAAGAUUCCCUUUUUCCCACAUCCUUCCCAAUACUGGUUCUUUUUGUGAUGUGGGCCAGUCUUACUCCACCAUGACUUUUGAAUAAAAUAAUUUUGGGUGCUUUAGACCAGCUGCCAGUUGAGUGACCUCAGCUGAUGCUGUCUAGAACAGAAAAAUUGGCCAGAAUGCCCUAUAUAAGCUCUUGACAAAACCAUGAAGUAUGAUUGUUUUAUAUCACUAAAUUGUUUUAUUAUCAUCACUAGUAAUAAGCUUGAAAAUUCAUGGCUGGAGAGAUAGUACAGCAGGCAUUGCCUUGCACACAGCUAACCUGGGUUCUUUCCGCAGUGCCCCUUAUGGUUCAUGAAGCCUGCUUGGAGCAAUCCCUGGUUGCAGAACCAGGAGCAAGCCUUGAGCACAGCUGAAUGUCCCUCACUCCGACCACUCCAAAAAAAAUUGUGAAUGUGAAAGAUUGGAUAUGGCCUAUACAACAAUUAAGAGACUAAAAUCCUAUGCAGCCUUUUCAAAAUACUCAGUUUGCAGGACGGCAGUGAUACUAUAGCAGGUGGGGUUCUUGCUUUACAUGUAGCUGACCCAGGUUUGAUCUGAAACCAACACCCUAUAUGGUCCCCUGAACCCUGCUAAGAGAUUUAACUGAAUGCAGAACUGGGUAUACCUCGCCUGAGCUAGACCUGCUAGGUCUGGCCCUCAAACAAAAUCCUCAAAUUGUCUCAUUUAUGACCAGUAAGAAUUUCCUCAAAUUGGAGCCAAGUUUCUUAUGUUGUCAUGAUCACUAUUAACCUUCAAAGGUUAUCGGACAGAUAAGGACUUUUCUUGAAAGUGGGAAAUGUGAAUUUAUCUUACUGCUUUCCUUUCAUAAUUUGUAUUUCAAGACAACCAAAAGCUGGUGAAGGAAAGUUCCCUAAUACUAGACAAUUAUUGCUAAUAGAGACCAAAUGAAAGUUUAUCUAAAAAGUUACAAUUUUAUUUAUGAAAUAAGUCUAGGGAUUGAUACCAAUGACUGUAAAACUUAUUAGGUGAGAAAUUAAUGAAAAGAGCAGAAUGAUAGAACUCAAUCAUAUGCUUUUUUAUGUGAUUAGUUGAAUGUACACAGCAACACAUGAAUUAUUUUUGCCCAAAAUAGUAAUUCAGGGGCUGGAGAGAUAGAUAAGAGAUUUCCCUGGCAUGUGGCCAACCCUGGAUUUCAAAGGUAUGAUUUAGUUGCCAUCAGUUUCCAGGAAGUGUGGGUGAUAAAUGACAACCAAAUCCAGAAUGUGAGGCAGGGACAGGGGAUUCCAGAAAAUAGAUAAGAUAGUAAAAGUAAGAGCCUUGUAGCUUAAUAGAGGGGUUGGGGAGAGUAGGGCAGGUAAGAUGUUUGCCUUGUAUGCUACUGCCCAGCACCCCAUAUUUUUCCCAAAGCUCUGCCAGGAGUGAUCCCUGAGUGCAGAGCUAGGAAUAAGCCUUGAGUACUGGGUUUGGUGCAAAAAGAAAAAAUUCCAUCAGGAAAAUACAGCGUAUGGAUAUUUGGAUCCUUGUUUUAAAAUGUACCUAGAUUUGGAACUGGAGCAAUAGCAC